AUGAAUCUUUGGCGAAGGUCAGUAGGAGAAAUCCAAGCCAAGAAGAGGCAAGUGAGCGAAUGUGAGCAGGCGCAGGCAGCCUUCUGCAAACUCACAGCCUGCUUUCAGCAAAUGGCCACCUGCUUAGGGAGCAACACGGACAGCAGCAUCCUGAGGGACGAGCUGGAGGAAACCAGGGGACUGGCACAUAAAAUAUGCAAAGGGCUGCACCGGAGACUAUUGACACUGCUGAUUGAAAUGGACCAGGACCAGGAAGACCGCGAGCAGGUCGAACGUCUAUGGGCGCUGCUCUUGUGUGCACUGGAGAACUUCCAGCAAGAGCUGAAAAAGGUCACAGCAAUCCAGCAUCUCUUUCCACUUAACAAACAGAGGGCCAUGGUGAACACAGGUGCAUCGGGAGGAGGCACCGAAGUGGCGGGACGGGCAGCCACGGUGCAGAACCCCUGGGUGACGACGGAGGCCGAGCAGAAGCCUGACCUGAAAGACCAUGUGUUUGUGAUUGAUGAUAUGCUUCGGGAAAUGCUGGAGAAGGUGAACGUCCCACUGUGGUCAGUGGAGCCAACGCAUAAAGCAUGGGCCGAGUGCACACAGCAAGAGGAGGAUGAUCUCCUGUCGGAGAUGCUGCAAGUAGAGGUGGUGUCUCAAGAUGGAGGAUCCAGAUGCUGCAGUCACUCUAACUGCAGGAUAGGGUGCAUUUUCUGUCUGCUCAACUAG